CCUUGGUAACGAGGAACGCCAAACAAGCACCUGGUGCCGACGAAGAGAAAAGGGACAUUUAUGGCUGGGAAGAAGAAAGAAGUCAGUUUACAGGUGUCCAUCAGUAAUGACGAGCAAUGGGGAGAAAUGCUGGCAUCAAAGGGCUUGACAGUGGUGGAUGUGUACCAGCAGUGGUGUGGACCCUGCCGCGCAGUCCUCAGCCUAUUCAGAAAAAUCAAAAACGAGCUAGGGGACGACCUGUUACACUUCGCCAUAGCAGAGGCUGACAAUAUUGAUGCACUGGAGAAAUACAGAGGAAAGUGUGAGCCCACCUUCCUGUUCUUUGCUGGUGGGGAGCUGGUGGCUGUGCUCCGAGGGGCUAAUGCUCCUCUCCUGCAGAGAAUAAUUGUGGAGGAGUUGGCCAAAGAGAAACGGGUGCUGGAGCAGGGCGUCAAGCGCAUUAUGGUAAAAGAUGAGGGACUGGUUGAAGAAGAACAGGAAGAGGAUGCUGUGGCCCAUCAAAAUGAUGGGGACAUUCUUGUGCCUGUGAACAGGUCUUUCACAGUGGCAAUCAUUAAGCCAGAUGCUGUGGCACAUGGAAAGACCAAUGAAAUCAUUAUGAAGAUUCAGGAUGCAGGCUUUGAGAUUCUGGCCCAUGAGGAGCGAACUCUCAGUGAGUCAGAAGCUCAGGAGUUUUACCACCACAAAGCAGCAGAGCCAUAUUUUCAGGAGCUGGUCCAAUUCAUGUCCAGUGGCCCCUCCCAUGUUCUGGUCAUUUCUAAGCCCGAAGGUUGUGAUGAUGUCAUUCCGGCCUGGCAGGAAUUUCUAGGCCCGACGGAUGUAGAGGAGGCUAAGAGAGAGCAUCCAGAAAGUCUGCGAGCUCAGUAUGGAUCAGAGACCCUUUUCAACGCUCUACAUGGUAGUCAUGAUGGCGAGCAAGCCAGUAGGGAGCUGGCCUUCUUCUUCCCCAGCUUCAGGUCGGCGGUGUCAGGCGAGCGCUUGGGCCUUGCCGGGCCGGAACCAGAGCCUGUGGAGAGGACACUGGCACUCAUCCGGCCUGACGCAGCCAGAGAAAACAGAGAGGAGAUCCUAGCAAGAAUCCACGAGGCAGGUUUUACAGUGGCAAUGCAGAAGGAGGUGAUGCUCACAGAGGAACAGGUGCGCCAGUUCUACAGUCAGCAUCUGGAUGAGGACUAUUUCCCUGCUCUCCUCUCAAGCAUGACUAGCGGUCCUGUGCUGGCUCUGGCCCUGGCUAAGCAAGGGGCUGUGAAGCACUGGAGAAACCUUCUGGGACCCAAAAACCCCACACAGGCGAAGGAGGAACAGCCAAUGUGCCUGCGAGCUCACUUUGUGGGGGCGAGUGAGUGUGUGAACCAGCUGCAUGGAAGUGUGAGCUUGGAGGAGGCUGAGAAUGAGAUCAGCUUCUUCUUCCCUAAAGAGCAUACACUGGCUGUUAUUAAACCUGACACUCCAGAGGAACACAGAGAGGAAAUCCUCAAAGAGAUCCAAGCAAGAGGCUUCACCAUCUCCCAACUGCAGGAGACAGUUUUGUCCAGAGAAAUGGCAGAAGAGUUCUACAAAGAACACCAAGAGAAGCCUUUCUUUAGCCAGUUAGUGGAUUACAUGUGUCGUGGUCCGUGUACAAUGCUGAUUCUGACUAAAGAGAAUGCAGUCGAAGAAUGGAGGGCCAUGAUGGGGCCUACUGACCCCAGCAAGGCAAAAGAGACAGCACCAGAGUCCCUGAGAGCACGCUUUGCUAAAGACAUCCUAGAGAACACUGUCCAUGGUUCAUCCAACAAACAGCACGCACAGGAGAAAAUACACUUCGUCUUUGGAGAGAUCAGCUCAGAGUCUGAGGUCGUAAGUGCAGGAGAAGAUGAGGAACCCCCUCCGUUAGAAGCAGAAGAGAGCUUUGCAGAGCUGAGGAACCUCCAGACAUCAAGAUCACCCUCAUUUAGUGAACUGCAGAACCAGACUGAGCCAAACAGUGAAGAAGCAGGAAGCCCUGCACAUUUGGACCCAGAGGCAACAAAGAGUCACCAAGUGUCUGCUGAAUUAACCACAAACUCGUCAGAGCAAAGGGAAGCACGAGAGACGUCCACUCCCAACAGUGGUAAUUGAGAAGACACACCUGCUUCAGAUCUACAGGACUGGUUAUCAGGCAGGAUGGAGGACUCCUAAGCAGAGAAAGCAAGUGUUCCUGUGGUCUAUGAAGACAUUUUGUCAGAAGGCGGUAAAGCAGAUGUAUGGAUAAUCUCAAAUCAUUUUAACCUUUCAAAUAACACCAAUACACUAAAAUGUUUUUGGAAGUCUGAGCAUGGUUUAGUGAGUUCUGGGAAGAACAUGAACAAUUUCUGAAAUUUGUAUUUUAAGGGAUGACUUGUAGGUAGCCUAAAUGUUUUGAAUUGACUUCACAUUGUUAUAUUGACCACAACUGUCCCUCAAGCAGGGUGACUUAUCUGCAUCAGAGCUGCGUGUCUUCUGUGGCCUGCGUGAUUCUCAUGCGGGCAUUCUUUGAUUUAAACAAACCAGAAAACACUAAUGUGGCUUUUAUUUUGCCAAUUACAUAAGUGGUGAAAAAGGUCAUUUAUUCAGUAGCAUUUUACAUUAAUUUAGUAUUUUUGCAGCAAGUUUACCAACAAUGCUUUAUUAACAAUUCUCAAACAAUAUGUACAACAGUUAAGUCACAGCCAUGUGUUCCUUUAUUCAUGAUAUUUAAAUAAAAUAUAUAUAUACACACACACACACACACACACACACACACACACACACACACACACUCAACCCUACAAAGCAAACCACUUAUAAAGUUGAGUGGUAGUGAAGACAGUUAACCA